ACCUGCAUGGACUACUACGAUCCGUACCUAACGGCCAACAAAAUCGAGCCCAAGACAGAAUCGAUUUCUGGAUCGCUAGUUUUUUAUGCCCGAUUCUUGGUCAACCAUUUUUGGGAAAAACCGCUCAAGAAUGCAGAUGUCGGAGACACAAGAAACGUGAUUCAACGAUUGCUACGACUAAAUAGAAAACCAAAGACGGAAGAAAACAUGUGGGCAAAGAUGAACGAACAACGAAAAAACGUCAUGACCUUGGCGGGUUACACGACAUCCUUCGUAGUUCCAUCCUUUGGAUUUCUGCUCCUAGGAGCGUUCAUGACAUCCAUUGUACCAUCUUACUGGGGCAAGUGUAUUCAAUGCGUUGCUACUCUCACCGCCACGAGAGCCCAACUUGCUGAAGCCCUUAUUGGAUUAGGUGUUUCGAGUGUACUGGCAGGCUUAUUUACUGGAAUACGUGGGUCGCUCUUUUGGAUUGGAGGUACGUCGAGUAUUCAAUGAUAGUAUCAUUGAACUUUGUUUCUCUCUGUUAUAAAAAAUAGAAUGACAAUGAUCAUGGAAGAGCACUUGCUAUUUUUUUGAGUCUAGAGCAAAGAGAAGGAUUACACUCCUUUCGGGAACCGACAAUACGAAGGUUACUCACAAAUGGAUUUUCUGUGCUGUUUGUCACUUUCAUCUCCCAUUUAUUGCUUUCAGGAUGUCGUGCAAAUUACAACAUCCGCGUGAAGCUUCAUCGUAGCCUACUUUUACAAGAGGCUGCCUUUUUCGAUACCAACGAAACAGGUUACUUGCUUAGUCGACUCAACUCCGAUGUCAACAAAAUCGGACAAGUCAUUUCCUACCACAUAAAUGUUGUGCUGAGACAGUUUGCACAGUUUGUUUUUGGAUCCGUCUAUUUGCUGAGAAUUUCUCCUCGGCUAUCAAUGUAUACUUUUUCGGGGAUUUUGCUAGUCGCCCUUUUGUCGGCCAUCUAUGGUGACCUUGCUCGUGACCUGGCAGAAAAAGUUCAAGACACAUUCGCAGACGCUACAGCCGUCGCGGAAACUUCUUUCACGAUGUCCGAAACUAUCAGAGCAUUUGAUGGAGUAGAUAUCGAGUCCGAUAAGUUCGAAUCGGCCCAAUUUUCGGCCUUGGAGUUGGAAGAAGUUCAGGCAUGGGCAUAUGGAUCCCACAAAUUUCUGAGUGAUACGUUGCAGUCAGUGCUACAGGUUGCUUUAUUAGUAGCCUGUUGGACAGUGGGCAAAGCGGGUGGAUUAGCAGCAACUGACUUGACCACAUUCAUGUUUUACACUGGUUUCGUCUUGGAAUCUUCUAAUGAAGUCGGAGACCAAUGGGCCAAAAUCCAACAGGCAGUAGGAGCUUCUAGCAGCGUCUUCGAUUUGAUUAAGCGUGUUCCGGCAAUCCAUGAUCCGAUUCCUAUGGAUGGUACCAAUAAUGGCGCUGAUGACGCAGUGGAAACAAAGUCAGAGAGCAUAGGCAUAUCGACUCAGAGACCAGUCAUUGCCAUGAAAGAUGUGACUCUUGAAUACGAUGCCAUGGAUCGCCCUGCACUGUCUGGAGUGACCACCAACAUCUAUUCGGGUGAUCGAGUGGCUCUGGUAGGAAGAAGUGGAUCUGGAAAAUCUUCCAUGCUCAGGACAAUGUUACGUUUCUAUGACCCUUCCAGCGGUGUUAUUGAAUUAGACGGAGAAGAUCUUCGUAGUCUAACUCGUUCCGAAACAGCAUCGCAUGUUUCCCUUGUGGAACAAGAACCCCACGUCUUUCCAAUGAGUUUGAUGGAGAACGUCUUGUAUGGAAUCGACAAAGACGACAUUGACCCCGAGACAGGUGAAGCUGUUUACAAUGCAAGGUGGCGAACCUUGGUAUCCAAUUGUCUCAAUCUAGCCGGUCUAGAUGUGUCUCCGGGGAACGGUCUUGGGCUUGACCUAGACACGCGAAUUGGCGAGGGAGGUCGAUCGUUAUCGGGUGGACAACGCCAGCGAGUAGCCAUCGCUAGGGCUACCAUCCGAGAACCUCAGGUGUUGCUGUUGGAUGAACCAACAGCGGCGCUUGACUCCGAGAGCGAGAAGAAAGUUGUCCAAUCACUUCGUACGGCAAUGAAACAAACGAAAAGCAUGGUGAUGGUAACUCAUCGACUGGGCGUGAUUCGAUCUCUGGACGUCAAUAGAGUUAUUGUUUUGGACAAGGGGAAGAUAGUUGAAGAAGGUCACCCAGAAGACUUGCUCAAAGAUAAGUCAAGUGUGUAUGCGGGACUUGCGAAGGAGCAAGGGAUUACCCAGUUGGACGAUCUGGAACAUAGAGUGACACAUGCCAGUAGCUAACAACUUUUCAAUUUGGGCACAAGUUAAACAAACAAAAUAAAUAUCACGUAAAUAGACCUAAUUAUUUCUC